UUCUCUAAAGCCGAACUCGGGCCACGGAUCGCAACAAGGUUGACGCACUGAGGCAAAAACGAACGAACGACCCCAACCAGGAGAAUGUCUGAACCCAUGUACCGCGAUUGGAUUUUGGACACUAUUGACUCACUGCGGUCGCGAAAAGCCAGACCAGACCUUGAAAGAAUUUGUCGAAUGGUCCGGAGACGACAUGGAUCAGCGCCAGAACAAACCAGCGAGGAACUCGAGAAACUGAUCCAAGAGCAAACAGUCUUGAAAGUUAACUACAAGGGCUCGAUUUCCUAUCGAAAUGCAGCCAAAGUAGUCAGAAGAAGCAGGAAAAAGGAUGAUCACACGACCAAAAGAACUGCCGUGGAAGAAGCUAACCACUCCGAUUUGAGCAACGGGGACAGCGCGCUCGGUCCCCUUGACCAGGAUGAGACCGAGCAUUUGGAGAAUGAGCUGCCAGUGUCAAUGGAGACAGACAGCACCAUGGAAGAGGAGGAAGAACAGGAGGGGGCUGAUGAAGAUGGCCAUGAGGGCUCCUCUCCCUCUCCUGGGGGUGAGGAUGCUGUGCAGGGGGUCUGGUGCUGCCCCCCCUACUCUGCCCCCUGCUCCCCCAGCGGCUCUCGCCCUGGCCACAGCCCUGUGUCUGACCGCCCCUCUACCUGCAAGACCAGUAAGAGGUCCAGCCCUCUGUCCCCCUCUAGUCCCCUGGCCCUCAGGCAGAAUGACUGUGUGUGUGACUCUGCCUUCUGCCCUGCUGAUCAUGGACCCUCAGGGAUGCAAAGAAACACAGGAACUGGGGCUUUAAAGACGAUAGUACAGCCAUCGGGGACCUUUCCCUGGGUUGAGAAGAGCUUGGUGAAGAGAGAGAGAGAGGAUGGGGUGAGGAUGGAGGAGAGUGGCCUCACUUCUGACCAACUGGUUCCUGACUGUGUGGAUGAGACCAUGAAGGGUUCUGACAGGCAGCCCAAGACAUUGUCUUUUCCCUCUGACGACUGUGCUAAAUACAGGAAGGGGAUGGAUGUGGUCUCUUACGUGAUGGCUCAAGACGAUGUGAAAAACAGAGAAAUCUCUGUGAAGAAGGAGACGCUGAGGCAGAACCUAUUGCUGUGGAGCGUGGCGGACGUGGCCACCUACAUCUCUGCUGCAGGCUUUCCAGAGCAGGCUGUAGCUUUCAGAACACAGGAAAUUGAUGGAAAGUCCUUGCUCCUGAUGCAGCGCAGUGACGUGUUAACUGGCCUGUCCAUCAGACUUGGGCCCGCCCUAAAGAUCUACGAGCGCCACGUGAAGAUGCUGCAGAGGACCCACUUCCUGGACGAGGAGGAUGAUCUCUGACCACGGUUGGGGGGAACAGAACAACACACUCCUCUGAGGAGCAGAUGUAUUCAUACAGUAUACACACAUACUGUGUUCACUGGAUCUCUAGAACCUUCUGUAACCAUUCAAGGAGGUGUGGGGAAAAGGACACCGUGGUCAUGACUUGGGCCUUGACAGUGAUUAUCAACAUGUGUACGUGGGCUUCCAUUCCACCUCUCUGUGGUACUGCUGUCACCUGACCCAUUCUGGUGGUAUUGCUUUUAUAGGACCCCUCUCUAAAAUCACAUAGGAAUGUUAGGAUCCUGCCUAAUGACGCUAUAGAAGUCAAGUGGAGGUCUGCCUGUUCUCUAAGGGGAGGUCUGCCCGUUCUCUAAGGGGAGGUCUGCCUGUUCUCUAAGGGGAGGUCUGCCUGUUCUCUAAGGGGAGGUCUGCCUGUUCUCUAAGGAGAGGUCUGCCUGUUCUCUAAGGAGAGGUCGGCCUGUUCUCUAAGGGGAGGUCUGCCUGUUCUCUAAGGAGAGGUCGGCCUGUUCUCUAAGGGGAGGUCUGCCUGUUCUCUAAGGGGAGGUCUGCCUGUUCUCUAAGGAGAGGUCUGCCUGUUCUCUAAGGGGAGGUCUGCCUGUUCUCUAAGGGGAGGUCUGCCUGUUCUCUAAGGGGAGGUCUGCCUGCUCUGUAAGGGGAGGUCUGCCUGUUCUGUAAGGGGAGGUCUGCCUGCUCUGUAAGGGGAGGUCUGCCUGCUCUGUAAGGGGAGGUCUGCCUGCUCUGUAAGGGGAGGUCUGCCUGCUCUGUAAGGGGAGGUCUGCCUGUUCUGUAAGGGGAGGUCUGCCUGCUCUGUAAGGGGAGGUCUGCCUGCUCUGUAAGAGGCGGGUCAGUGAGUGCAGCCAGUGUGUAAGACUUUCUCUGGAUUCCUCAGACUCGACACUUGGCUUCCACUGGAGCCUCCUUUAAAACACUGGUUUCUGUGCUCCCUGAGUCAGUUCCACAAGAAAAUAAUAACAUGUAUACUUGGAAUAUCUGUUCCAGCAAAUAUGGUUCUAGCAUUUCUUCAUUGUUUACUCAGACAGUAUUUUUUUUUAAAGACAUGUCAUAUGGUACCCUCCAUUUAUCUAGAAACUCAACGUUGUUUUUCUUUUAUGAAGACAAUGUGAACUGAUUUAAUUUGAGAAAGUACAGUAUGAAUUUGUUGAUUCAUCAAAGGUCAGUGAUGUUGUCAAUCUCUCAUUAUACCAGCAAAGGAAAUGGAGCUUAGUCUCCAGAUGUUCUCUUGGCUGCACCAGUACUGACCUAGGUUUUAUUACUGUUGUUAUCUGUUUCACUAACAUUUCGAAAUAGCAAUAUGUAGUACCUGCUAAACUAAGGCAACAUAAUAUGUUCUUUGUAUGGUUGCCUUCUGCAUUCAUCUUCCCUUCAUUUAUGUUCACGUAAUUUCUAAACAUUUUAGAUUAAUCUAAUUUAAUCUACUGUGGAUGAACCUAGAUUUCAUCUACAAAAUUAAAACAGUUUGAAGCAGAAUUCUAGUUGAAAUGGGCUGGCAGACCAGAACCAACGUAGCUCAAGGCCCCAAUGUUUCUGCCUGCUUCAGUUUGAGGGGAGAGAAACAACUGAAUUAUGGUCUUUUUUUUUAAGGGAAAAUUAUCCAACCAAAAAAUUAACUUCAAAACUUUAGGAAGUGUCAUUGUAGCACUAAUACAUUUUCUUUGUUUACAACUUCAACACAGCAACACAAUUCCCCACGACAUGGUAGACAUCUUGAUCAAAUGCAACAUUGUUGUUAUCUGAGAGGAUUACAAUGAGGUCUCUUAAUUUUGCCUUGUGGCUUCUGCUUUUGAAACAACGUCACAUUCCAUAUUUCCAUCUGUUACGUGUUUGAUGUCACACUGUUAAUUGCCAUGUUGGCCCUGUUUCCAGGGGGGAAAUGAAGUUAUUGUCUUUUC